GUUGCCGCCCUCAAUCCACUCCACUUCCGCUCUUUCUACCUCCCUACCGUUGCCCCGCCGUCUCGCGUCUCGAGUCUUGAAUCUUUAUAUUGUUGGAUACCUAGGAUGUUUCGGUCUGAUUCGUGCGUUGUCUAACUGUCCUUAUUCGCUCGCGUCGCUGAUUUUGACUGCGCUUCUCUGUUCUUUCCUUGCAUUUCGGAACGUUGCGCCGGAAUACUCUUGCUGCCUCUUACAAUCUGUGAACUCAAAACUCCGCUAUACCUUGCCCCUGCUUUGGAUUUGAUCAUCCACACUUGUGCCCACCCAUACCAUAUCGUUUCGGAAAUGUCCACCGACGCCCUACUGCUGUAUAGCCCGCGAGCUGUCGGCCGGCGCGACUCCUCUGGAUCUCAGACGCCCUCCAUGGCCGGCUCCACUCGGCACCUCAUCCCCAAUAAGACGAGCGGUUUCACAUCCUCCCUCCAGCCACCCUCUGCGCCGUUCCUAUCCUCGUCCUCUCCUUCCUCUCCGGGCAAUUCCCGACCGUCCUCACCUGCCGGUAGCAUGGUCUCUCUUGCGCACAACUAUCUCCCGACCAAGUUCUCCUCGCAUCUGCUUACACGGCGGCGACCCAAAGGCUCGCAGCGGAUCCCAGGUCUUGCACGCGGUGGGGGUGUCGACGCGUUCCGUGCCGGCGCAUCGCGUAUUCCGGGGGCGGGCGAUGAAGACGACUACACGUCGUCUGCUUCCAAGUCGAUGUUCUCCGGUGCUGGCCGAGGCGGGAAAAAAGUCCGUUGGACGCGCUUCAAAGUGAUCCUGUUCAUCGCCAACCUGAUCCUUAUCGUGUACUCGCUUGGGUCGCUGGUCACACUGUUACUGGUGUACUUCCACGUGUUCCGCGAGUCGGCGGUGCUCCUCAUCGCAAACAAGACCGAGCUCGCUUUGAGCACCUUGGCUGCGGCGUUCUUGUUCUGUGUUUCAUUACUCGGGCUACCGGGCAUUUUGCUCAAUAACCGGCCGUUUUUGGCAGUGUACACGUUUCUGCUCUGGGUCGGGUUUGGGCUGAUGGUCGUGCCUGGAUACAUCACCUACAAACACCGGAAUCUGAAUCUCGAGGGAAAAGUCAAUCAGCAGUGGAGUCGGGGCCUGAGCUCGGAAGGGCGAUUGAUCAUCCAGGGCGCACUCCAGUGCUGUGGAUAUUUCAGCCCUUUCGUCGAGGCGACAGUGUCUGCUACAUGCUAUUCACGGUCCACCCUGCCUGGCUGCAAGAAGCCGUUUUUGGAUUUCCAGCGCAGUGCACUGGAGCGUUUCUACGCCUUUUCGUUUGCAUUUGUCCCCGUGCAGAUUGGUAUCAUUCUUUCCGCACUGUUGUGCAGCAACCACGUCACAUACCGCUUUGGCAAGGGGAUGAUGCCCAAAGCAUAUCAGCUUAAGCAGGAAGACAUCGCCAUCAUCGUCGACAAGUACGCUUCACAACUGGCGGACCAGUACGGAGCCGAGGGCGCCGCACAGCUCAUGGCAAAUGCAUCGAUGGGUAUUGGGAAAGACCCGUUCGCAUCACCUUCGGCCUCCGCCAACGCUUCUGCGACGGAGAUCAACCUGCAGAACAUGCCGACGAUGUACCAUGGGGACCGAGAACUAGGCUCCUCGCAUGUGAAGUACGAUUCGGUGGGCAGCAGGGCCCCAGACUCUGCCGACCCCUACGGCAGUUUGUGACUGGGCCAGCAGUUGCGCGUAAUUCUAUCUCGCACGACGAGUGCCAGUGGGUCGUCGGAGAGUGGCGCGGGGGACCGCAAGAAACGGUCGGGAUGGUGGAGCCUCGGUUUGGUUUGAGGGCGCCCUGUCAACGUUUCUCUGGCAGAUUGGGAUUGACUUGCGCUUCUGUUUGGAUUUCGUACUCUUGUUUUCGCUUCAUUGUUGGCAUCGCAUCGCAUCGCAUCGCACGCAGCAUAUAUACCGGCCGUCGUCCCAUUUACACACUCGCUCGCAUUACAUUGCAUCCCGAUCAUCGAACUGCAUCCUUAUCUAUGAUACGCUUAAUUCGUUUGAAUACCCAGAUGUAUAUUGUACUAUACCAUUUGGCGAAUUGCAUCAUUGAUAGGACCGGUGAAGCCAGAAUCGUCACUUGUCCCUUUAGAACCCG